ACUUAAAGCUGGUGAAGUAAUAAUUAGAAGAGGCAGAGACAUUGAAAAAAAGAAAGAAUUGAGUUUGUUUUUCGUCUAUGUAAAUACCGAUGAUGCCCUUACCUUUCUAAUUUCCUCACUUGUCCCUUUCCUUUUUCAUGUUUAUUUCUAACUUCUUUGUCCCUUUCAAUCCUUCUCCACCAGAUAUCCUCUGAUUCGAUCCCUACAAUAUUUAUAAAACAAGCAUUUAUUUUCACUAAAUCAAUUAAAUUCCCCAAGAGUAGUUCCAGUUCUUUUAUUAUAUAAAUAAUAUAAUUAAUUCCUUACAAAUAAUACGAGAAAAUACAAAAUUCUAACUACACACCUUCAGCUUAUCCUGCUUAAUAGUACUAAGUAAUUAACUCUGAUCAUGAUGAUCAAAGUAAUGUUUAGUAAAUAAAAAAAACUAUUUAUUAAACAAUCUUCCUUCUAAAUAUAAAAUUUUAUUCGAACUUUAAUCCAAAUGAACAUAUUCUGUCAUCUACUCACUUUUGUAUCACACUUUUUUCUUACAUAUACAAAAAUUUCUAGGUCAUAUAUGUUAGUGAUAGAAAAUCUUAUAUAGUCACCAAUUUUUCAUUAUACCAUAUUAAUACUUGAAUAACUGAUUUUAGUGUGAGAAAUCAAAUCUUCAAGCUUAAAAGAAUAAUAUCGAAUAACUGGUUUUCCAAAUUUUGCAGAGCUUCUACUGGGUCCCCAUCUGUGUAUAUAUAACUCAACACCUUCCACACUAUUUUCUAUAUCUCCCCCACAUACAAAACCUAAAAUCUCUUUUGCUUAAGUUCUUUAAUUGGUAAAGUAAAAAUUCACUCUCUCUCUCUAGAUCACUGUCUUCUUCCGAUCUAUUCUUCAUCUUGAUCUUGAAAUGGAGCAACCGCAACAUCAUCACCAUCACCAUCAACAAACCGACCAAGAGAGCGGUAACAACAAUAAGUCCGGCUCUGGUUGUUACCCAUGUCGCCAAACGAGCACAAGAUGGACACCAACGACGGAGCAGAUCAGAAUCCUCAAAGAUCUCUACUACAACAGCGGAGUUCGGUCACCAACAGCCGACCAGAUCCAGAAGAUCUCUGCACGGCUGAGACAGUACGGAAAGAUCGAGGGUAAGAACGUCUUUUACUGGUUCCAGAACCAUAAGGCUCGUGAGCGACAGAAGAAGAGAUUCAACGGCACAACCAUGACCACACCAACAACUUCAUCCCCCAACUCGGUUAUGAUGGCCAACGACCAUUAUCAUCAUAACCAUCAUCCUCUUCUUCAGCACCAUCAUCAUGGUGUUACCAUGCAUAGGCCUGCUUCGGUCAAUAUUAAGCUUGACCAAGAAAAUCAUCUCCUUCAUCAGAACAUAUCUUAUCCCAACUUUCAUAACGGGAAUUUAAAUCAUGCAAGUUCAGGCACUGAAUAUGGUGCUCUUAAUGCUUCUUCUAAUGGCUACAUGAGUAGCCAUCUCUAUGGAUCUACGGAACACGACUAUUCAGUGAGCUACAACAACGUAAGUGGAGGAUGGACAAACAUGGAUCAUAAUCAUCAUUACUCAGCUCCAGCUUACAACUUCUUCGAUAGACCAAAGCCUCUGUCUGGACUGGAAGAUCAUGAAGAAGAAGAAUAUGGUGGCGAUGCUUAUCUGGAACAUAGACGUACACUUUCUCUCUUCCCUAUGCACUGUGAGGAUAACAUCAACGGCGGUGGUGGUGCCUUUUUGAAGUACGGACAAUCGGACGGUCGUGAUUAUUAUGGUAGAGGCUCUUGUGCUUCUCUCAAGUUAUGUUUAAACUCCUACGCAGGCGUCUCACCGGAUUAAACUCCCUUUCGCCAUCUUUAUCUCUCUCUCUUAUGUUUCGCUGCUGACUAAUGAUGCAAUAAUAAUCAUCUAAUAAUGGUAUAUCUCGUACGUAGUUAAUUUAGUUAUUUGUAAUUACUAAUAUCGUCUCUCCCGGUUAAGCUUUCAUUGAGUGCGUUUUUCUCCUUUUCUUUUUAAUGUAAGACGUUAAACUUUUAUUACUAUGAACCUGGAGUCUAUUUCAAUA